AUGGGCAAGACAGUGCCAAAAACUCUUCUGCGUCAGGGCUCGAACGAGGAAUGCAAAGAAGCACUUAAUACAUUGGAACUCAGGGGAUCACUUGUUCUCGAUGACAUUGAGGAGGCGGAGACGUCGCUGGUGGCCCAGGGUGAGGAUGUGAGUGUGGAGGAUAGGUUGACACCCGAAACCCAAAUUGCAUUACUAGUUCUUAUGGAAGCGGAGGCGAAAGCUGACGAAGAGAGAUUCGAUUCUCUACUGGCUCAAAUGCUGAGGAACAGUAGCGAAACCAGGAGCCUUCGCAAGGAAUUUGAGGAAUCUAUGGCCAAGAAGAUCCGCUACUUUGACAGAUGCAGAGCUACAUUGCUUGCUGGGGGGAGGUUGCAAGAUGUAGAGGUUGAAAAACAGUGA